GCACGCUCGCGUGUUUUCUAAUAAUUGUGGUGUUGUCAAAACGAAACUUACCGAUUCGAAUUUGGAACGUUUUCGACCGGUAAUGUGUCGGUUUAACUGUCGCUUUUAAAUAGCGAACGCUUCUGUGACCCUCUGAAUUCGCAUUGCGAAUCGAACGUGCGAUUGCUUCAUUCUGUUACGCUAGUGUUAACAGAUAACUGUGAAGAAACGCGUGUAGGCCUUCAGUCUUGUGCACUCAGCAGAUUUAGUGCUUUAUCUGUGCAGUGGAAUUGAAGUGUGUUUCGUGUUGAAUGUUAUUUCCUGAUUGAUAGAAGACCAGUGUGAUAUGUUUCACUGAACUCGAGACAACAAGUUGUUUCGUGAUCGAGUUUAUGUGAUUGGAAGUAUUGAUACGUAUUGCAUGCCCCCUGUCCACAACUUGAUUUAUGGACGCAUUCGGCACAGAUCACCGCACGAACAGACAGGGCAAACGGAAUCGAACACCAAAAUGUGACCACCGACGCAGCGACCAAAACACAAGCGCGCUUCAAAUUCAUGGGUCUUUCCUCAAGAUUACAUGAUUAAGACACUAUUUAUUGUACUUAUAACUUUAAUAUAAACGAAUCUAGUCGCCAUAGCACUUUUAAACACGAAGCAAUUUAGCAUAUAACACAUAAGUGAAUAAAGUUGAGAUUGUCACAUUUUUUGAAGUAGUACAAAGAUUAAGGAAUUGAUGAGACAGUACAAACGACUGAUUGGGACGCUAUCAUCGAUUUAUAACUAAAUCGAUUUCAUUAGAAGUUCCUAGACAUUGAAGUGUACAGAAACCAAGAUGUCUACAAGUUUCGAACACUCGGCUAUGAAGAGCAGCUUCUCGUUGUCUUCAUUGAGAAGUGCGCCCGCGCCACCUGGCGGCUGCCCAGAGCAACACGAGCGACCGUAUCACAGCCUCACUAAGAAAAGAAAGGAGCCAUGUCGCGAAGUGUGGCGCAGGAGUUGGGGCUCGGCGGCGAGUGGCGGCAGCGCCGGAGACGAUUUGUGGCCACUGUUACAGCAUCACUACGACUACAUCAUGGACAACCAAAUCAUAGACUCUUGCAAGGAAGCAAACGGCGAAUUGUUGUCACACAAUUCAUCUGCUUUGCACAACGGGCCUUGCUUACUGAACCCCACAGCUGGGUUUAAUCGUCAGUGGUCUCUCAACCAGCUGAUAGCCGAGUUUAAGGAGCUGUGCCAGUGGCUCACACACGUUCAGGAGGAGAUCUAUUCUAGUCCGGAAAACCUGUCAAGCAGGAAGUUGAGAAUGAGCCGCAUGGCGGAGUUGGGGGCUGUGGAGCCACGUCGGGCGAAGUUUAUGGAACAAGGUGCUGCCAUAUUGGAACGUAUACCUGAAGCUAGUGCAGAGGUCACAUGGCGAAUGGAACAUUUAAAAGUGAAAUGGGAUGGCCUUCGGUUGUUGCUCAGUCCUGAACAGCAGCAGAAGGAUGGAGAUGGCGCCGAUACAGUCGAUACUGCCCACGAGCUGCGCUGCCUUCGCCGUUGGCUGCACUGCAUGGAAGGUCGGCUACCACCACCCUCGAUCGCUGCAGCCAGGGCCGCUACGUACCACGAGCUCAUGCGGAAACUGCGGGAACAUCAGGUAUUGCAACGCGACGUGGAAUGCCACGGUCGGAUCGUGAGUUCGGUGGUGCGUCUGUGCAACGGUGGCGACGCGGCGCGCGCUCUAGAGCGACGCUGGCACCUCUUGUACCUGCGGGCGAUCGAGUGGCAGCGUGCCUGUCAAUGUUCUCUUUAUCGUCUUAUUGCCAGGAUCAAUAAUCAGGGUGUGGCGUCAGUGGAAGCGGCAAGCGACAGCGACGACGAACCCGCCUUAAAACAACCACGACUUAGUCGCGGCUCACCGAGGCGACAACGCACCCCAGUCAAUGCGCCGCGACGUCAUAGGAACCUCUCAGUUGAUAGUAGACAAUCCGCCUCUGAGGAGGAACAAGAAUAUGUGGUAACGUACACUUGGCGCGGUUUCGGAUCGGACUGCGAAUCGGAACACGUGAGAAUACCAAGUAACAAAAUGGCGGACGAGAGACGCGUGCCCGGCGCAUGCGACGAUGUUGGAACCAAACCCACCGAUCAGACAGUGCCGGUCACUGCAGACCAAACUGAUGGCCUCGAUGUACAUACCGUGACAACAGACGAUAAAAUGAAAACACCACAAACAGUGAUAAAAAGAAAGAAACCAGUCAACACGUCAAAAUUCAACCAAACGGAUAGAAAAUCCAAACAUUGUGCCACAUUCUACUUUAGACAUCAUGAUACCGACUCCGAUAGGCAAAUGAUUGAAACCGAUGAGAAGUCACAAGAAGAAUCUUCCGAAGAAGAAUGGACUUACGUCGAGGGUGCCAAGAUAGCAAAUGAAGACUCAACUGAUGUAAUGACGUCAUCGGUCGAAAUCCAAUGCGAGUUGCCGUACGACGAAAAGAAAGAAUGUCAACCGUCGCCGAAACCCAAAAUGGAGUCGUCUACACCAGACCUGCUCAAAGUCGACCAAGCUAGAUGUAAGAAUAUCGAGAGAUUAGUAAUUCAAGCAGAGGAAUUAGUACAGAAACAAGCUCAGCAGAAUAUGGCAAAGAAGAAGGGGUCUAGAAGCUUUAAGCCGCUUAUGUUCGAGGAAGAUGGCAAGAAUGUUAACAGAACAAAGAUGUCCCGAAUUAAGGAAUGGUUAAAUCAAAGUUCGGAUGGGAAAAAUAAUAACCAUCAGUUUACUGAAAGCUAUGACGCAUCAGGUGAGUAUACAACGGAGAGCGAAGUCGACACUUCACUCACAUCCGAAGAAAGAAACCUGCACUCUUCAAUGGACAUGAGCACUUCAACCUGUACAGUCACCCCGACACACCACGCCAAGGUGCAACUGCGCAAGAAAAGAGGUAGCAACAGCGCGCGGCCGUGGUCGGUGUCGUGCUUGUCGCAGCUGAGCGGCGCGGGCGCAUCGCUCGCGGCCACGCCCACCGCCGGCGACGUCGCCGCUAUGUCGCACAACAUGUCUAUAUCUGAAUCUGCUUUGAACACUCUCGCAUCGACACAAAGGGUCACACCAGCUAAUUCUAACUCCAAACUCCGUGGAAGUUCUACUACUGUACAGGGUCACGUGUCUAGUACAAACACAAUGACGGAGGCUUGUACAUCGUGCGUCGAAACCAACGACAAACAGUAUUGGUUGCGACGAAAACGGUUGAAAUUGAGACGUCAUAACACGUCCGCUACCAGGAGAGAGAGAUUGGUCAAAUCUCUCUCUUUUUGCGGCAGACUCAGCCCCGAAAUAGAGGACAAGAAUGAAAGGAGUACUGCCAGCGAUCCAGCUACUAGUAGGAAGAGUAGGUUUGAUACAACAUCAACAUCAGGCAACGACAGUGAUGAAGAACUUAUAAGACAACAACUAGCAACCAUAGCCAACCUGCGGAAAAGUAUUGAGAAGACGCACAUAUCGAGUAGGGAGCCUGAAAGUGCCAUUCUAGAACAGAACGAGCCAGAGGCUGUACCUAGCUUCAAACUAGGCCCAGCUGGUGGAGAAGUAAGAACUAGGCUAGCGAGGAGCAGAGAAAGAGAGGGAAGGACUUUCCUCGCUUUAAGUCUUGGAGACCCCAGUGAUUUGUGGGGUUUGAGUAUGGAUAAAGAUUCUGAUAUUGACAAGAGCGUCACAGCAGGUACAGAGGAACACAGUUCGUUUUCAGAACAGGCGUGGGACUUUUAUCAGGAAAAAUACAAUUCUGAACCGUAUUCUGAGGCGCCGGACUCGGACGCAGCGCGGCGAUUGCUCGAAUUCGGUGACGAUUACCGAGCAUUCCUCGAUUCGCAAUCCGACUGCUGUUCAAGUUUAUCAGCACAGCCCGAAAACGACCUUAGCCCUAGCGGCACUCGCCGACGGCGUCCGCCUUCCGACUCCAGAGAACGAAGUUUACCCCGUCACAAACGUCCCUCUAGGUCAUCCCCUGUCGAAACCCCAUCAAGAAAACCCAAAAAGUCCAUGUCUAGUGCCGAACGCAAGAAGUCCUUACUCGAUAGUCUAGAAAGGUCCAGGAACAACACGAGCAUCGAGAGUAACGACGGCGUCCGCAGACGUAAACCGUCAGAAAGUGAACGGAGAAACAGCAAACGCUCAACAGAAUUUGAUUUGCUCAAUGUCCAAGCGCUGAGCCGAAGACGUCCCAGCUCAAACUUGACCAGUGACGAAGUAAAUAGCUCAUUAGAGUAUACCGAUGUGAAUAACCGUCCCGAUAUCUUGGAUUCGCUGAGCAGAAGGCGAAGAACAGAGAGAGACGGCGAAACGGAGCUGCAAAAGAUUGCUUUGUCAGAAUUGCGAAGACGUUCGACCGAGAGCGCCGAUUCGGAAGAAGAGUCGUCGAGUCCGAAGAAGCAUAGCCGAAGAAACUGGGACGGAGACUCCGAUUCGGAGUCCGAAGAAGUGCGAUCGCUGAUCAGGCGCUCGAGCUCGCAGCUGGAAGCGGCGGAGGCAGUGAUGGCCCGGCAGGACAGUUCGCCUGACCUUCUCCGGGCUUUCGACUACACGGAGAUCGUAACGAGAUGCCGUGAUAACAUCAACCUUCUGGACGCGGCCCUAACCGGCGGCUCCCUGUCGGCCUCGUUACAGAGAGAUAUCCGAGCUGUAUCAACAAGAUGGUCAGCACUGCGAGCAGCUGCUACAAGACGCGGCGGCGCUCGACGCCUGCGCCGCGAGAUGGCAGCACUACACGAGAAUCUCGACGACGUCUGCGAGCCUGGUGACUGUGCACCCCAACCACAUACCAGGGCGCAGUUGACGAGGAGGAUUGAGGAACUGAAGGAACGUUUAUCGCGUCUGCUAGAAUGCAAGGUGUCCAUGUUAAAGUUGACGGUAUCCGUUCGCCGUGCUCUCGGCGAGAUGGAGUCGGAUGACAGCGGAUUGGCUACAGAACUAUCUGCGCUCUUGGCUCGGUGGGAAGAAGCCCAUCAACGCACCUCAAACGAGUUGCUAUCACUGGAGAAGGCGGUUUGCGUGUGGGCGGAGUGGGACAACGCGUUCCGUGAACUACAGGGUGCUCUAAGAGGCGACCUGGCGACAUUGGAAUCGUUGCGCGACCGCGGCACCACUUUCGGAGACCAGACUGAAGUGGCCGCUCAGAUUCGACAGCUGGCUGCAUCGCUCGUCGAGAAAAAGAAGGGUGGAUCUACUUGCGAUUCGUUAUCGGAUUCCGGUAUAUCGGACGGUGACAGCGAGGGAGCUGGCGGUCGCGCUCGUCGUCUUAAUGCGCUGCGUGAGUUAGCGCGCCGUCUGCAGGCGGCCUUAGCUCCUAACUCGCCCGCGCACAAGGCUAUUGCUAAGCGUAUGGAACAAACUGAAAACGAAGUUCGUAUAUUGCAAGAAUCCUGUCGCGCGUUGGUGGAGCAAAGCAUUCCUGACCUGAAGAUUGACGAUGACACCAGGGACCGCAAAGUGAGUACUGUGUCUGGGAACAAAACGGGAGCUGGGGAUCCGGACUACACUCCCCGAGGAGGAUGGGUGUGGCGUGUUCUUCGAUCCUCACUGCCCAUACAACUAUGUCUCGUAGCGUUGUUGCUGGCCGCAUGGCUGGUCGAGAGGCCAAGGUGUUGCGAUGCCUUGAACUCUCUCGCUCAAACCCUCACCCCUCAGCUCCGCUAUGUCCGAGGACCACCACCAGUCUGAACGCGUCUACACAUAGAUCGCGUAUUUUAAAAUGAAAAUAGCUAUGUAUAUAGCUAUUCAUAAGGUUGACUUUUGAAUAAUACUUCAAAAAAGUCAAACUCCCUAGAUCUGAACAAGAUUAUUGUCAAAUCGCAACAGCACGUUACGAGCGAUAUGGUAAUUGCGUUAUUGAUUUUAAUGAAUGAUUGACGUAUGGUUGACUUGGAAAUGGGACUACCUGAGCUCAUAAUAUUAUAUAACAUGUUUUAUUAUUCGGUUUUGGAGACUACAUGAAAGUAUACUUCUAGUAUACACGGAUAAUGAGAGUGAAAAUGCAUAGGCAUUGUAUUAUAUUAUUUCACUAACCCUUGAAUUGACGUAAAUCCAGUUACGACUGUAAUUCAUGUAAGUGACGGUGACGAGGUGAAACAACUAACUUAUUACAAAAUAAGUAGAAAAAGGAAAUAAAAAAUAAUAAUAAAUAAAGUGAUUUGAUUUAAUUUUAAUGAGAAUGUCUGCUUGAGGAAACGAAUAUGACUUAACUAUAUGUUAGUAAAACUAAACUAUUAUAAUGAAAUAAAACAUAAUCGAAUAUGGUUUAAUAUCAGCAUUUUAUUAUUAGAUACCCUCUUAUUGCUCACAGCAAAUAAAGUUCAAAUAAACAAAAGUGUUCUAAAAACUAAUCAUCUGUAUCAGAUGAAGUGCAAAGUAGUUAGUAUGCAUUAUUUAGUAUUAAUUAAUGUACUAACAUUGACAAACAAUAAGUUUGCGCGUAGAAUAGUAGCAUGCCUAUUUUAGUACAAGUAUUUAAUAGGUAAAGGAGAUGAGAGUGCGCUGAGUAUGUGAGAUGUCCUUAUAAUACCUCGUAU